AGAGAGAGAAGGGAGAGAGAGCGUGAUUCCAGGUCUCUCUCUGCUGCUCUCUCCACUUUGGGUCCUCGUACCCAAUCUGACUCAAUGGGGCUUUAGCACUAAGGGGUUAAACGUUAAAAUAAAAGAUAUUUAUUCACCCCAUACCCCUUUUAGUGUUUAGAUUUUAUGUAUUAACACAUACAUAGGUAACUCAUCAAGGAAAGUCUCCGGGACAGAGGUAAAGACGUCUCCAGAGGCGUGCCUUUUUGUCCGCUGCCUCACAGAAGGUUCAGUCGGGCUCCCCUCGUCGGCUGACUUUCUGUGAGAGGAUAACAUCCCCCGUAUCCUACAUUUACAGCUGAACCAGGCCGGCACACUACUGCAACACUAUGGAUAUUGGAGAUUGUCCCUUGCGGAAGAAACGGAGACCAUGGCGCAUGGACUUCUCAUCCUUCGCUUUGGUUACUGUGGCGCUCGCAUUGUGCCAAACCACCGUGGUUCGGGCAGACCCAGUGGAUGUGCUGCGGGCUCUGCAGGUUCCCUCUCUCCCCGAGGGUGUGAAGAAAGUCCCCGGUUUCUGCACAUCCCGUCGCUCCGGCAGCCCCGAUCAUGCUUACCGCAUCACCAAGAAGGCCCAGAUCUCCGCCCCCACAAAGCAGCUCUUCUCAGGCCAUUUCCCGGAGAACUUCUCUAUCAUGGCUCUGGUCAAGGCCCAUGCUGGUCUUCAGGCCUUCCUCCUAUCCAUCUACAGCGAGCAGGGCAUCCAGCAGCUAGGCAUUGAAUUUGGACGCUCACCUGUUUUCUUGUAUGAGGACCAGAACGGCAAGCCAGCCCCCGAGGACUACCCACUCUUCAGAGGCGUCAAUCUGGCUGAUGGCAAGUGGCACCGCAUUGCCUUCUCUGUUUCCAAGAAGAAUGUGACACUGCUGCUGGACUGCAAGAAGAAGAUGACCCGUCCUUUACCUCGUGGUAAUAACGCUGAGGUUGACACCAAUGGCAUCACAGUGUUUGGUGCUCGCCUGCUUGAUGAGGAGGUUUUCCAGGGAGACAUCCAGCAGCUGCUCAUUGCCUCCAACCCCCAGGCUGCCUAUGACUUCUGUGAACACUACAGCCCUGACUGUGACUCCCCUCUGCCCAAGACCCAGGCUCAGGACCCCAACACAUACAAGAAGGCACUCAAUGGGAAAGCAGCCCCCACUAAAUCCACCACUGUAAAAGCUAAACCCACUCCAGCUAAGCCAGCAAAGGCUGGACCAUACAAACUUGUAAUCAAGCCACCUAUGCCCACCAAAGCUUCGAAGUCUUCCACAACCAAGUCAUCCAAAGCCAAACCCACUGCAGUAGAGAUCCUCUUGUCUAAGAUUAAACCAACUGCAGCAGCUAAAUCUAAGCCCACAGCUGCUCCAGCGAAGAAUGGAAAUGGUAAACCAGCUGUUCAGAAAAAAACAAAUGGUGCAGCUAAAACCAACAGCAAUGGAAAUGGCAAAACAUCUGCAACAAAAUCUAAUGGCAAUGGCAAAGCUGAGGCCAAGCCUACAGCUCAGGCCAAAGUGAAUGGAAACGGCAAGAUUGUAGCUGAAAAGAAAAUCAAUGGGAAUGACAAAUCCUCAGCAGAGAAGAAAGCCAAUGGAAAUGGAAAAGCCACUGUUGUGUCUAAGGUGAAUGGUAACAAUGGUGGUAAAGCUACAGCACAGAAGAAAGCCAAUGGAAAUGGAAAAACAUCUGCUGAAGUCAAAGUCAAAGCUAACGGCAAAGCUGAGAAUAAAGUCAAUGGUGCAGCUAAAUCUAAUGACAAGAACAAACUCCCUGAAAAGAAGGUUGUUAGUAAUGGGCCUGUAAAAACCGAAACCACUACCAAAGCAAAGGUUAACAAAGUUGUUAAAGUAGAAAAGACUGUGGCCAGUACAGCUAAAUCCGCUGCCAAAGUAGAAGCUACUAAGGCACCUAAACCAACAAAAGCAUCAAAACCAGAACCUACAAAAAUGUCAAAAGCUGCCACCAAAGCUCCAGCAGUGAAGGUUCAAGGGAAGGCAGAGGUCAAAGAGAUUAUUAAAGUUAAAACUGUGGUCAACAAAGUCCCUCUGAUCAAACCAACAACGAGCAAACCAGUGAAGAAUGUUGUAAAUAAGGUUUCCAUCCCAACAAAAGUAGCUCCAACACCCGCCCCUGCCCGCCCCACUCCUCCCAGACCCACAAAAUCCAAGGUGACGGUGGACAUAAAUGUCAAAUCCCAGCACAGACCUUUCCCACCCUUUGGCAAGAAUAUGCUGAGUGGAACUGCAGUCCCAGCGAAGAGAGUUACCAGCGGUUAUCAACAGGAUGUAGACACUGAAUAUUCUGAGGCUGGCCACACCCCUACAGAGACUGAUUAUUACUAUGAGGAGAUGGUCCCACAUCCAGAGGGUGAGGUGAUUGGACAAGAAGAGAUUACAGUACAGCCCCAGGUGGAGCCAGUAUUGGUGGGGGAGGAGGUAGAUGCCACCAAGGCAGGCGGUGUCGGCGAAGACGUCUUCACAGAAGAGUAUAUGACUGGGGACUUGGACCUUAAGGAAUAUGACUACAAAGACUACAAUGACCAUUUACCAGAGACUGGAGAGGUUGAUGCCUACAUGGGCCCCGCCUUGUCCGCUGUGACGGACGAGGGUGGCGCCGCCAUUAGAGGCCAGAAAGGAGAGAAAGGAGAACCUGCUGUCUUGGAGCCUGGAAUGCUGAUUGAAGGACCUCCAGGGCCUGAAGGACCUUCUGGCCCUACUGGACCUCCUGGCUCGUCUGGACCUCCCGGCUCUGUGGGCGACCCUGGAGAGAGGGGUCCUCCUGGUAAGGCAGGUCUUAAUGGGGCUGAUGGACUUCCUGGACCUCCUGGAACCUCAGUGAUGCUGCCUUUCCGCUUUGGUCAGAGUGGAGGAGAUAAAGGUCCCGUCGUUUCAGCACAGGAAGCCCAGGCAGCAGCCAUCUUGUCUCAGGCCAGGAUGGCUCUGAAAGGACCUCCUGGACCGAUGGGAUUUACCGGACGCCCUGGACCCUUGGGAAGUCCGGGAAGUUCUGGUUUGAAAGGAGAGAGCGGAGAUCCUGGUCCUCAGGGUCCCAGGGGGCCACAUGGUUUGCUGGGACCUCCUGGCAAGUCAGGAAGAAGAGGUCGUGCUGGUGCUGAUGGUGCAAGAGGAAUGCCAGGAGAGACUGGAACGAAGGGCGACCGUGGUUUCGAUGGUCUUCCUGGUUUGCCUGGUGACAAAGGACACAGGGGUGACCCUGGACCAAUGGGAAUACAAGGAUCUACAGGAGAGGACGGGGAGAGAGGAGAUGAUGGAGACGUUGGACCAAGGGGUCUCCCAGGUGAACCCGGACCUCGUGGUUUGCUUGGACCCAAAGGUCCACCUGGAAUCCCUGGACCACCUGGCGUACGAGGAAAUGACGGACCCCAUGGUCCCAAGGGAAAUUUGGGUCCUCAAGGAGAGCCGGGACCUCCUGGUCAGCAAGGAACACCAGGAACUCAGGGAAUGUCAGGACCUCAGGGAGCCAUUGGACCCCCAGGAGAAAAAGGUCCCACCGGAAAACCAGGUUUGCCAGGAAUGCCUGGAGCUGAUGGCCCUCCUGGCCAUCCAGGAAAGGAGGGGCCUUCUGGCACCAAAGGAAACCAGGGUCCCAACGGUCCUCAGGGAGCUAUCGGCUAUCCUGGCCCUCGUGGCAUCAAGGGAGCACAAGGAAUCCGUGGACUGAAGGGCCACAAAGGGGAGAAGGGAGAAGAUGGCUUCCCUGGAAUUAAAGGAGAUUUUGGUGCUAAAGGAGAGAGGGGUGAGGUUGGAGUACCAGGGCCCAGAGGAGAGGACGGUCCGGAGGGGCCAAAGGGUCGUGUUGGACCUCCUGGUGAACUUGGACCACUUGGACUUGUUGGAGAGAAGGGUAAACUUGGUGUACCUGGACUUCCUGGAUAUCCUGGAAGACAAGGACUGAAGGGAUCUCUUGGAUUCCCUGGAUUCCCUGGUUCGAACGGAGAGAAGGGAACAAGGGGUCUUUCUGGAAAAGCAGGGCCAAGGGGACAAAGAGGACCAACGGGCCCCAGAGGACAGAGAGGACCAAGGGGAUCAACUGGGAAACCAGGAGCAAAGGGAACAUCUGGAAGCGACGGCCCUCCUGGUCCUCCUGGAGAGAGGGGAUUGCCCGGACCUCAAGGAGCCAAUGGUUUUCCUGGACCAAAGGGACCUCCUGGGCCACCAGGAAAAGAUGGACUGCCUGGACAUCCUGGACAGAGAGGAGAAGUCGGUUUCCAAGGUAAAAUGGGUCCACCUGGGCCUCCUGGAGUUGUUGGACCUCAGGGUCCAUCAGGAGAGACCGGCCCUAUGGGCGAGCGUGGCCAUCCCGGACCCCCAGGUCCACCAGGAGAGCAGGGACUUUCUGGUCCCUCUGGGAAGGAGGGCACCAAAGGAGACCCUGGACCCCCUGGAGGCCCAGGAAAAGAUGGGCCCCCUGGAUUGAGAGGCUUUCCUGGAGAGAGAGGACUACCUGGAACCCCUGGUGGUGGAGGACUGAAGGGAAGUGAAGGACCACCUGGACCUCCUGGACCUGCUGGUUCCCCUGGUGAGAGGGGCUUAGCUGGAACUGCUGGACCAGUUGGACCUCCUGGCAGACCAGGCCCUCAGGGGCCGCCUGGACCAGCUGGAGAGAAAGGAGUCCCAGGUGAAAAAGGUCCUAUUGGCCCAGCAGGUCGGGAUGGAGUGCAGGGUCCUGUGGGUCUGCCUGGCCCUGCUGGAUCUCCUGGAGUCCCUGGAGAGGAUGGAGAUAAGGGCGAGGUCGGAGAGCACGGUCAGAAGGGCGCCAAGGGAGGAAAAGGAGAGCAUGGUCCUCCCGGUCCACCUGGACCAAUGGGUCCCGUCGGUCAACCUGGCGCUGCUGGUGCUGAUGGAGAGCUUGGGCCGAGGGGGCAGCAGGGGCCUUUUGGAGCUAAAGGUGAUGAAGGAUCUCGAGGAUUCCCUGGGGCCCCAGGACCCAUCGGUCUUCAGGGACUGCCUGGACCACCUGGUGAGAAGGGAGAGACGGGAGAUGUUGGAGCCCUGGGUCCUCCUGGCCCUCCAGGACCCCGUGGCCCUGCUGGACCUAAUGGAGCUGAUGGUCCUCAAGGUCCUCCUGGUGGUUUGGGUAAUCCUGGGCCCAUUGGAGAGAAGGGAGAGCCCGGUGAGGCUGGACCACCUGGAAUCGUUGGAGAGCCUGGAAAGAAAGGUCCUCGUGGAGAACGUGGAGAGAAGGGAGAGGCUGGACAACCUGGAACUGGUGGACCUACUGGAGGACGGGGAAGACCUGGAGACGAUGGACCCAAAGGAAACCCUGGUCCUGUUGGUUUCCCUGGUGAUCCUGGCCCCCCGGGUGAGGUUGGACCCAGAGGUCAAGAUGGUGCCAAGGGAGAAAGAGGAGAGGACGGUGAACCAGGAGAGUCUGGCUCCCCAGGACCUCCUGGUGAGAAUGGACCACCCGGUCCCCCAGGAAAGAGGGGUCCUGCUGGAACAAGAGGACCAGAGGGACGUCAAGGAGAGAAAGGAACCAAAGGAGAUCCAGGUGCAGUUGGGCCUCCAGGAAAGACUGGCCCUGUUGGUCCUCAGGGUCAGCCAGGAAAACCAGGAACAGAAGGUCUCAGGGGACUCCCAGGAUCAGUGGGGGAGCAAGGAUCUCCAGGACCUGCUGGACAGAAAGGACCACCUGGACCUAUUGGACCUCCUGGUUUGCCUGGUCUACGUGGAGAUCCUGGUUCCAAGGGAGAGAAGGGACACCCAGGUCUUAUUGGUCUGAUUGGACCCCCAGGAGAGCAGGGAGAGAAGGGAGACCGAGGUCUGCCUGGGCCUCAGGGAUCCACUGGACCCAAAGGAGAGACUGGAAUGUCUGGAGGAACUGGACCUCUGGGCCCUGCAGGUCCUCCUGGUCUCCCUGGUGCUCAAGGUGUUAAAGGAGCUAAAGGUGCUACUGGUGGAGCUGGUCCAAAGGGAGAGAAAGGUGUACAAGGACCUCCUGGACUUCCUGGUCCACCUGGCGACGUCAUUCAGCCACUUCCCAUCCAGAGGAGCCCCAAGUCCAAACGCUCCAUCGACGCCAGCCAGCUGCUGCCCGAGUUUGACCCUGACAUGCCUGCUUCUGACACCGCUGGCACACAGAUCCCAAUAGGCAGCGAGGGCAUGGAGGAGAUCUUUGGCUCUCUCAACUCACUUAGACAAGAGAUCGAGACCAUGCGUUUCCCUCUGGGCACCCAGGACAGCCCCGCCCGCACCUGCCAAGACCUGCAACUCAGCCAGCCAGACCUUAAAGACGGAGAGUACUGGAUUGAUCCAAACCAGGGCUGCUCCAGAGACUCCUUCAAGGUCUUCUGUAAUUUCACUAGCAGGGAGACGUGCCUGUACCCCAGCAAGGGCGUCGACACGGUAAAGAUGAGCUCUUGGGAGAAAGAGACUCCAGGGUCGUGGUACAGUCAGUUUACCACAGGAAGUAAGUUCUCCUAUGUGGACUCCAGUGGCGAGCCCGUGGGUGUGGUCCAGCUUGGCUUCCUGCGUCUCCUGAGCGUCCAGGCCCGCCAGAACCUCACCUACCACUGCCACCGCUCAGUGGCCUGGGCUGACCGAACCGCCAAGAACAACCACAAGAGGGCGCUGCACCUCAGAGGUGCCAACAAUGACGAGCUGAGCUACGAGACCAAUCCUUACAUCAAAGCCUUGGUCGACGGCUGCUCUUACCGUAAAGGCUUUGACAGGACAGUCCUGGAGGUCAACACACCACAGGUGGAGCAUCUUCCUCUGCUGGAUGUCAAGGUGUCAGACUUUGGGGAGAAAAACCAGCAGUUUGGCUUUGAAGUGGGACCUGUCUGUUUCCAAGGCUAAAAACACACAAAAACACACACCAUGCAGAGAGCAACACAUGCAAAUACUCACAUGCACACACAUGCACUUAGAGACACACUUAUAUAUGAUCAACAUACUUGCCCAGUAAUUUGUAAAUUAACUUGUAAAUGAUAAUAAAACACACACAUACCCACACACACACACACACAUACACAGAUGCUGUUGUGAGACAAACACACACUUAUGUGCUUGGCGAAAGCAGCACUCUCCCAGCAACUAAUGGAUGUCAAAAAAGUAAAGAGGAGAGAAAUAAAAGAAAACUUGUGAAGAGGAGAACAUCGACUGGAAGCACAACCACGAGAAAGGAGGACAAAAAAAAGGAGAGCAUGUUCCUCGGAACGAAACAGUGUUUUCUUCACCAGCAGUGAAACGGGUCGGCCUGAAGAGCGAGCUGGCAGCAUGAGGCCUGAAGCCCCGUCUCCGAUCCCCCUCUCACGCCUCUCUCCUCCCCGCUGACACACCUUUUUAUUUCCACUCAUUUUUCCUGCCCUACCUCCCCCUCCCUUCUCUUUCUAAAAAAAGGGUCACACUCGGACAUUAUCCUCAUUUCUUUAAUCCCACAUUCACGCUGCAAGAAACAUGAACUGUUAAAUCAUCUGUUUGCUUCACAGCUUUGGUGUUUGUUGGUCGUUCAUUUCUUUGGACUUCCACUUAAAAAGUUGAAUCAACUUUUUUAUCCAUUUUUCACCAAAGUUUCUUGUCAUGAACCCAAAUAAAAUCUAAAAAAAUGCCAAGCUGGUGGUUGAAUGUUCAGCUGCAGAUGAUGGACAUCUGGUCGUCUGUGUAAGCUAUGAAAUGAGCAUCCAGUGAUUUGUCAGUCAUGUUGCUUACAGAGUGACCUUCGCAUCAUUGCCUCUCACAUCACAAAGAACCAAAGAAUUAACGCCACCAGUUUCCACUGAGAACACAGAGUCUUGCUUAAUCUUCUGUUUAUCUUGGGCUUCCAUGUAGUGCCUUUUUAUUCUGCAAAGUUCUCUUAACCACCUCAGUUUUUUUAUUUCCUCUAAAAAUGUGACUUCCGGCUCAAACUGAUGAUUAAAACUUGGUGCUUUUUAAACUUGACAAUCUUUCCCAAACUCUGAGAGCAGAAUAAACUUUAAAUUCUAUUUUUUGUUGGUAUUGGACAAGCUGUUACAUGCAGUGAAGCAGGAGAGAAGAUGAAUUAAUGACUAGAUCAGUGAAAUUAAAGCCAUUGUUUCUGUAAGCUUGCAGACCAUGAUGCUGAUGCAUUUAAUGUUUCUGGUGCCUUUUAAACAAGUUUAUUCUUAAAUCAUUUGUCAGGAUUCCUGGGUGGACACCACACACCACUGCAGUAUUUAAGGAGUCACUUUCUGGGUACUUUAAAGCUCCCAUUGUUUUGUUUUUUUCCUGCAGCAGUGAAUAAAACGCAUGCUUUACUGAAUGAAACUGUGGCAAGGUGCUAAUUAUACAAACAUCUUCCAUUUUCUUUAGACUCCUUACAUUUUCACAAAGCUUUUUACUGGGAAAAUGUGCAUUACACUCCAUUUGUACAGAGAUAGUGAUAUUCUAUUGUAUUUAUUUAAAACAAACAGGGUGCUUUGAGAUUAAAACAAGAAGAAUCAACCAACAUUUCAGUCAGAUGUGGUGUGUUUCAGUUGUAUUUAUUUGCUGCAGCUCAACUGAAGCGACUGAUUUGCAUGUUUAAACUCACAGCCAGCUGGAGGUGUGAUGCUUCUAUUCAAACCCUGUCCAAAAACAGCUUUUGUACAACCAAAGAAUCUGUGGCCGUGUCUUCUUGUAAUAUCCCUUUUAUCGUGUUUUCAUCAACUGUACUGUACUGUUAAAUUUUGCUUCCACUGUCAUGAUUAAAUGGUGACUCUCCAGUUCUGUCACAUCUCCUUGUUGCUGCUGUUUGACUCGACAUCUGCUUGUUUCAGACUCAGGUCUUCGCUUUGCAUCGCAGCAGUACAGUUUACCGAGUCGCUCCCUGCAGCCAUCGAGACUCAGACACUAAAUAUUAACAUGCAAUCUUCUUUUCUUUUAAUUUUCUAUCUGAGACAACAGCGGGUGAGAGAACGGUUGUGAGAGGGAAGGGCCAAGUAUACGCCCAGAUGGUGUGAACAGUGAAUAAUAAAAUUAUGGGAUUAUUUUAUUCCAGGAUUCUGGGUUUAAUUGUUUGUUUUGUAUUUGUUUUUUCUUUUUUUAUAUAGCAGGAAACUGGGGAGACAUGGCCAAAACAUUAAGUAAACAAAUUAAAAAUCUGUCCUUCAGAGAGAAUGACCUCAACUAUUUGUUCUUAUUGUGUUGAAAUAAUUUCAAGAUAGAAAAUAUGGUGCUAAAAAGAGAAAAAAGUAUUUUAUAAUGCCUGUAAGUAAUUUUUUAAAAAUUCUUGUUUCUGUAAUAUAUAAUCUUUUUAAAAAGAGCUGUUUGACUCUGUUUUUCUUCCAGUCGUCUCAUUAGUAGUUGUAGUUACUGCAAAUGACCACAAGACGUCGCCUUUUUUCAGAUUUGGUAAAUCUAAAGUUUAUCAUCUUGUUUACGCCUGAGAAAAAACAAACAACACACUUUCUUUGUAAGUGUAACGUUCACAAAUACUUGUUAAAGAUUUUUGUUAUUAACAUAAAUGUAAAAUAUUGAUUA